AUGUCUGGCUUCAAGAAAGACAUGCGCGAGGUCUUCCGUGGCCUCUCCCUUACAGACAAGCUUCUACCACUUCUCAUCAUCCUAGCUAUAGUUCUAGGCGUCCUAUUAUCUGUGUAUGUUCCUAGCAGCAGAACAGCCUUGGACAGUUCGAAGGUCGUUGGCGUGUCGGUGCCUUUGGCCGUGGGCCUUAUCGUGAUGCUUCUUCCGCCACUUUGCAAGGUGGAAUGGGAGAAUGUGCCGAAGUACUUGAUAAGUACGAAGUACGUUAAGCCUAUUGUGUUUUCACUCUUCCUUAACUGGAUAGUGUGUCCGUUCUUGAUGUUUGGGCUAGCAUGGUUGACGCUCUUUGACCAGGACGAAUAUCGAACUGGUAUUAUCAUGAUAGGGUUGGCCAGGUGUAUUGCUAUGGUGUUGUUGUGGAACGACAUAGCCGAUGGUGACAAUACAUUGUGUGCGGUGAUAGUCAUCGUGAACAGUGUGCUUCAGAUCGUUCUCUACGCUCCGUACCAAAUCUUCUUUUGCUACGUGAUUACUGGUCAUAGCCAAGAGACUUCUAGCCAGGUUGCCUAUUCUACUGUUGCCAGAAGCGUAGCCUUCUUUAUGGGCGUUCCGUUUGGCCUAGGCGUCGCCAUUCGCCUUUUAGGUAGAAAGCUUCUAGGCAAAAAGAGAUACGACACGAAGUUUGUUCCAAUCGUCAGCCCCUGGGCGCUAAUUGGACUUCUAUACACAAUUGUGGUGAUCUUCAUGGAAAAGGGCAAUGACUUUAUUCAAGAUAUCGGUUCCGCAUUCCGGUGCUUUGUCCCCUUGGUGCUUUACUUUAUCAUUACGUUCUUCGGGACCCUCUUCUUGUUUCGCUGGUUAUACACUUAUAGGAUUUUUGAGAGCCAGAGUCUGGUGGAAGGUACUGAAGAUGAGAAGAAACUGCUUUGUGGAUGUGAAAAGACAAAAGAGUUGUACCCAGAAAAAUUCUCUUACGGAUGUGCUGCUCCUUACGGUGCAACAGUUGCCCAGACCUUCACUGCCGCUUCCAACAAUUUUGAAUUAAGUCUUGCCAUUGCCAUUUCCAUUUACGGCUCGGGCAGUAAACAAGCUAUAGCAGCUACGUUUGGCCCGCUCAUCGAAGUUCCGCUUUUGCUAUUGCUUGUAUUUGUGGCUAGAUAUUUCAAGGUCAGGUUUGUAUGGAUCGAUGUUGUGCCAACAGUGGAAUCAGACGACGAAGUCCAAGCCUAG